AUGGCCACGGAAACCCAAAUGGCCACGGAGACAGCAGAUUCCGUCAAACUAUCAGCCAACCUCCCGCCACUGGCCACCGCCGGCGGUGGCGACGGCCUGAUCUUAUCCACGACCGACGUCAUCCGCUCAUUCCUCACCGCCGCCUCCACAGAUUCUCAUCUUCCCAAGGAUCUCAGAGACCUUUCCUUCUCCCUUUCGGCGCACUCAACCGUAUCCUAUAAGUCCCUGAGAACAUUAUGGUUCGGGUCCGAACGCGAAAGCCGACCCGAUUUGUCCUCUCUCUUCUUUGGUUCCAAUUUCCUCUUUACAAGCCCUAAGCCCAGGGAAAAGAGUGAGGAGUUGAAGGUGAGAUUGAGAAAGCUACAGGAGGCAGCUGAGAAGAAGGCCUAUGAAGAAUUGGUGAAGGACAUUACUCCUAGAAAGACUGUGGAAGAGCCAUUUUCUUCUUACAAGGAUCAAUUGGGCUUUGGAUUGCAUGUGGUGGUAACAAUGUUCACGGGAUACUUACUUGGAUACGCAGCAUUCAGGGCAUUGUUCGGCAGCAGUCCUGCUAUGAAUGCUGCCGGUGGCAUUCUUGGAUUGGUUGGUGCAAUGCUGGUCGAGACGUUUCUAUUUAUACUUAGAGCUUCUUACCAAGAUCAACGCUCGUCUUCUUCCAGUUUCUCUUCUUCCAAUUCUUCCAGUCUGAAGAUAAAAAAGAAUCAAUAG